AUGAGUUUACCCACGAAAUUGUCGGGUAUUAGGUUCCUGUAUGUGUCGAUGACACACUGGCUCUCACAACUCAUCGACGACACACUGGCUCUCACAACUCAUCGACGACAAAAAUGCUCUCACAACUCAUCGACGACACAAAGGCUCUCACAACUCAUCGACGACACAAAGGUUCUCACAACUCAUCGACGACACACUGGCUCUCACAACUCAUCGACGACACACUGGCUCUCACAACUCAUCGACGACACAAAGGUUCUCACAACUCAUCGACGACACAAAGGUUUCACAACUCAUCGACGACACAAAGGUUCUCACAACUCAUCGACGACACAAAGGCUCUCACAACUCAUCGACGACACAAAGGUUCUCACAACUCAUCGACGACACAAAGGCUCUCACACAACUCAUCGACCACACAAAAGCUCUUACAUCGACGAUACAAAGGCUCUCACAACUCAUAGACGACACAAAGGCUCUCACAACUCAUCGACGCCACAAAUGUUCUCACAGCUCAUCGACGACACAAAGGCUCUCACAACUCAUCGACGACACAAAGGUUCUCACAACUCAUCGACGACACAAAGGCUCUCACAACUCAUCGACGACACAAAGGCUCUCACAACUCAUCGACGACACAAAGGCUCUCACAACUCAUCGACGACACAAAGGCUCUCACAACUCAUCGACGACACAAAGGUUCUCACAACUCAUCGACGACACAAAGGUUCUCACAACUCAUCGACGACACAAAGGCUCUCACAACUCAUCGACGACACAAAGGCUCUCACAACUCAUCGACGACACAAAGGUUCUCACAACUCAUCGACGACACAAAGGUUCUCACAACUCAUCGACGACACAAAGGUUCUCACAACUCAUCGACGACACAAAGGUUCUCACAACUCAUCGACGACACAAAGGCUCUCACAACUCAUCGACGACACAAAUGUUCUCACAACUCAUCGACGACACAAAUGUUCUCACAACUCAUCGAUGACACAAAGGCUCUCACAACUCAUCGACGACACAAAGGUUCUCACAACUUAUCGACGACACAAAGGUUCUCGCAACUCAUCGACGACACAACGGCUCUCACAACUCAUCGACGUUUUGUUCGAAAAAACCGACGAGCAAACAAGGUCGAACCAAACAAAAAAUUAA